AUGUCUGGACUCGAGUGGCUUGCUGUCCCCCCUAUCUUGGAGUCUGGUGUCAAAGCCAUUUUCAAGGCCUACAUGCUCAACAGGCUGCUCUUGAAACUUUCGAUGACGCCGUCAAGGCAGCCUCCAGAACUGAUGCAACAGCUCUAUCCGGUGAUACUCUCUCAGUUCCAGGAUGAUUUCGCCGAGCUUCAGACGAUUUUCGCUAGGUAUAAGUUUCCAGUGACUUUCGCCGAAUGCUCGCUCGUUGGCGAGGAGGCCGCUCGCCCAUCAGUCCCAUGGACAGUUGAUUCAAUCCGGGCGGUGCAGGGACAGAUCAUGGCCAAGCUCAAACAGGACAUGAGUUACCAUCGCAAGGUCAAGUUCCAGACGAUGGACAAGAAGAGGGUUGAAGACAUAUUAUCGCGUCUAUCAAAGCAUUUGGACUCCUUGUUCAGCUCGCUUUCGGCGGCUGGACGUCUCCAAUGGGAUGUGGAAGACCGUAUCUAUACUUUGAGUAAGGUUCCCAAUAAACCCAUCAACGAACUGCUGGUUCUUGCGCAAGAGGCGAGGUUCCAAGGUGAAGGUGCUCAUGCAGCGCGCUAUAUGACUGUUGCAACGUUUAAGCAGGCAAAAGAGGAAUAUUUACAUCAUAUGGAUGCGCAGCGUGGUCUCCGCCCAGUAACACGAUAUAGUACGUACCUCGGGAACGCUAUCCUGGAACUGGACGCCGCUUCUCAUCCAGCUGCCAGACAAUUGGGCAAGCUCAGGGUGCCUGGAGUGAAAGAGCAGUCAGUUAUGGUAGAAAUGUUUCGCAAAAAGGACCGGGGGGGUCUUGUUCUCAUCCAGCAGGCAGAAGUUAACCUUCUCUGCUCUCUCCUCUCGGGGAGCAGCCCUGAUAUUCACCCCGAUCUACAAGUGCUGCAAUGUCUAGGCCAUCUCACCCACCCGACAGACAUGAAUCUAUAUGCUCUUGUUUUUGCCCUUCCUCAGACCUCAGCGAUCUCCAUGCCCGUUACUUUGCAGUCGCUCCUCUUGAUUGAGAGAAAGACGCCCGAGCGGCUUCCGACACUCGAGAGCAGGUUGAGCUUAGCGAUCCGACUCACCAAGGCGGUGUGGCGCAUCCAUCACUAUGGUUGGUUUCACAAAUGCCUUUCCAGUUCGAAUAUUCUCUAUUUUCCUUCUUCGCCUGGCGAGGAGCCGGAAAUAGCCCGCGGCUUCUUUCUGGCGGGUUUCGACAAUAUGCGGCUCCAGACUUCCCUUGGAUUGACCAACACAGCCUCAGCGGCCGAUAUGACUAGCCGAGCCAAUUUCUAUCGUCACCCAGCCUUUCUGGGGGGUGUUACGGACUUUGAUGUUGUGGAUGGAUACGCGCCAGCUUUCGAUCUUUGGUCGUUGGGCGUCAUCCUCUGUGAGAUCGCGAUGUGGGCUCCCGUGGACAGCGGCAAGUUUGUACGCAGUCGCAGUAAUACGAACAAGCCGGAGCAAAUGGCGCAGAUCUUCAAAGCGAGAAAGGGUGAGGAACUCUACCCUCUGUCGCCUAUAUCAGAACUGGCGCAUCGCAUGGGAACUGGAUAUGAAAGAGCAGUGGUAAACUGCUUUGCUGCAGGGGAUAACGCUAAAGAACCGCGCUGGGUUGCAGAAAAUAUCAUACGGUCCCUUAUCCAGUCAACUGAUGAGCAAGCAGUUCUUCGUAGCAUAGAUACAUCAGGAUGA